AAAAAAACCUGUUUACAUGCUUUGAUUUCUCUGUGCUGGUGAGUGUUGCCGCUUCCAUGGGAACAAAUGCGAAUCGAAGCUUGGAUUAGGAUUUAAGGUUUUUCAAUGGCGAUCAAAGGCGUUGAUUUCAAGUGGUAUGAUGGGUUCUUCUUGUCCAUGCUCGCCACAAGUAUAAUUAUUGUGGCGAUUAAUUGGAAGAGAUACCAUUCGUGUACGUAUCCAUUGCACCUAUGGAUUGUGGUUGACUACACUACGGUCUUUAUUUUCCGGCUCUUGAUGUUUGUGGAUAAUGGGCUGGCUUCUGGAAUGGGAUUGGAUCUUGGUUGGCAGCAGAGAUAUGCACGUUUUUGUGGAAGGAUAAUUGUCCUAUCCAUUCUUUCUUUGCUGCUCUACCCUUUUCUUUGGGCUUGGACUAUUAUCGGUACCAUAUGGUUUACUAGUGCAAAAGAUUGCUUGCCUGAAGAAGGUCAAAAGUGGGGAUUCCUUAUUUGGUUGCUUUUCAGCUAUUGUGGACUUGUUUGCAUCUCCAGUAUUUGUUUGGGAAAGUGGUCAGCGAGAAGGAAGGCACAUCUAUUGCGUGCGCAAGAUGGCAUACCUAUUUCAGAAUAUGGAGUGUUAGUUGACAUGGUUAGAGUACCUGAUUGGGCUUUUGAAGCUGCGGGCCAAGAAUUGAGACGUAUGGGCUUAGAUGCCGCCGCAUACCAACCCGGACCUUAUUUGACCCCACCUCAGAGGGAAGCAGUGGAGGCACUACUUCAAGAACUUCCGAAAUUUACGAUGAAGGCUGUUCCUACUGAUUGUAGCGAGUGUCCUAUCUGUUUGGAAGAGUUUCAUGUUGGAAACGAGGUACGUGGACUUCCUUGUGCUCACAAUUUCCACGUGGAAUGCAUCGACGAGUGGCUCAGGUUAAACGUGAAAUGCCCUAGAUGCCGCUCUUGUGUAUUUCCGAAUCUCGAUUUGAGUGCACUGUCUAAUAUCCGUAUGGAAUCAGAGAGGUCUACGAGUAUUAUUACAAGAACACGGGAUUUGAGGAAUCAGCAGUCUUCUAGUCCUAGUCCCAGUCAGCAUUAUCUAAUGAGAUUGCAGAACUCGCUCGGUCUAGUUCGUACCGAGAGUGUGGAGACACCGGAGAGUAGAGUGGGGCCCACGCCCGUGAUUGUGGAAGUGGUGGUUGAAAGUCCUGCACCACCGCGAAACUAAAACUAAUCGCUUUUUUUUUUUCCUCGGCUCUACUUGGAGCCUGGAGGAAGAAUGUUGUUUUGAUUGAUUCAAUUAAUUGCAAAGGAAAAAGAAAAGGGAAAAUGGUGCCAAUUCAUUUGUAGCUAUAUCAUUGGUUAAGGAAAAAACUUAAAAUGAAAAAUGGAUAUUCAGCCAAUU